AUGUCUUUUCAGGCAUUAAACGAUCCCGUUCCCUUCCCACCGCGCCAUAGAAGGCUGUAUACAGGUGACUCCCUACCAACGCCGAUACCGCGCCUCCAUUCCACCAGUUGCUCUACAUUACUGGUUGCAUCUCCGCCUUCUGAGCUCUCCCUCUCUCCCUCAUUCUCUCUGCCUCUCUCUCUCUCUCUCUCUCUCUCAUUCUCUCUCCCUCACUUUCUCUCUCACACUCUCUCCCGCCCUCUCUCUCCCUCUGUCCCUCUCUCUCCCUCACUGUCUCUGCCUAUCCCCUCCUUCUCUCUCCCUCUCUCUCUUAUUCUCUCUGCCUCUCUCUCACCCUUUCUCUCCUUCCUUCUCUUUCCCUCCCUCUCUCUCACACUCUCUCUCUCUCACACUCUCUCUUCCUCCUUUUUUCUACCCUACCUCUCCCUUCUCUCUCUCCCACCCUCCCUCACUCGCCCUUCUUUCCUUCCCGCUCUAUCCCCUUCUCUCUCUCUCUCUCUCUCUCUCCAAGUGAAUCCAUAG